AUGGGUGGUGAAUGUGACAAGGGUGUGCACGGGUUCAAGAUUGAGUGCUGUGACGGUGUAUGUGUCCUUCCCAGUCGAUAUCCUAUCCCAUGUAAUGGCAUGCAAACAAGUCUCUCUGUGUGCAUCAACUCUGGCAGGAGCGGAAAGUUUGAAGGGUCCGACCUUGGAUUGCACGUCAUCAGCCUCCGUUGGGAGGUGAUGAUUGAUGGUGUGGGACUUGAUGAGUCUGGUCGUAAUUGGGACCGUGACGCGAGAGCAUUUGAUGCAAAGAAAGGCGGAAAUUGCAUGACUGCUGAUCUCCCCCCUCGCGACCAGAGGCAUGGAGACCACCAGGCAGUUGAGAAAUGUAGCUGGCGACUUCUGGCGCAUCUUGGCUGCAUGCCGAGGUUCAACUCAGUCCCAGCCCCUGAUGCUACCCAGCGAAUUUCGAUCAGCCAUGGCAGCUUUCAGGGGUCAGGAAUGAGCGCAGAGAUAGAACAUGAAAGGUAA